AUGAGCACUUACUAUGUUUUAGAUAAAAAGCCAAAAUCAAAAUUCAAUGUCUACACUGCUGACUAAGUCUUCGACAGAGUGGGCUCAUUAAACAAAUUUUAAUUAAUCGCAGCCCUAAUGUGCGUGAUAUCCUAUUCAUUCGAUGGGUAUACGGUAUACACCAUAGCGUUGCUGACGUUGAUGCCUGAUUUCAGAUGUGUUAAGAACGGAGAAGAAUCCAAAUGCACUGCAAACAUCACUUGUUAAACUACUUUCAAUAACUUUCUCAAAAAUGGUGAAAAUAGCAGUAUUGAUCCUACUUAGAAUGGCUACUAUAUAAACUGGGACAGCUAGACAAGUCUUCAUAAUUGGGUUGAGCCUUUGAACCUCCGAUGUGCCACAUAGUAUUAGAUCGGAUUCUUCGGCUCUGUGUUUUUUAUGGGGCUUGGGAUAGGUACACUUACCCUUGCACAUUUGGGCGAUCAAUAUGGACGUAUCAGAUUACUCAGAAUCGGGUUAUUCCUUAGUCUUGUAGCUUUUGGGUGCAUAAUUUUUGUAUAAGUGAGCUUUUACUUCACCUAUGUGUUUUUGUUUUUUCUAGGAUUCCUGUCACCAAUCAGACUUAACUUAAGCUUCAUCUAUGGUUCUGAAGUCUUCAAAGAACAGCAUGCCUCUAUUAUGGGUAGCCUUAGUUUAUGCAUGGACUCUUUCACCAUGAUUAUAGCUUCAGUUUACUUCAAAUAUAUUUCAAAAGAUUGGAGUUACCUAUACUAUUUCUUUUUUAGCAUCUGCUGCAUACCAUUAAUUAUCAGCUAUUUUAUGCCUGAGUCACCUAGAUAUCUAUUGUAGAAAAGAUUAUUCAAUGAUGCGAGAGCAUCCUUCAACAAGAUUGCUUAAAUUAAUAGAAAAUAACCCUUAAGUACUAAUGACAAAUUUUGGUCAGAAAUAUAAGUAGAUAAAUUAGACGUGAGCAACAAAAAUAACACACUAUCUACAAUUGCUUACAGUGAUAGCACUAGACCAGCAAAAGGUAUAAAUUAAUCAGCACUUAGUGAUGUGCUUAGUGUCAAAAAGUACCAAAUUAAUUAUGGGGCUCUUCUGUUGGCAUGGUGUGCUAGCUCCUAUUCUUAUUAUAUGAUUGGAUUCUAUCUUAAAUACGUUCCUGGUGACAUUUAUUAGAACUAUAUUGUGUCUGCCAUUGCCGAGGCUAUUGCUUGUUAAGUGGCAGGCCCACUUGCAAUUAAAUAUGGCAGUUCAAAGACUAUGACAGCGUCUUUUAUCUUGGGAGGCACUUUUGGUUUGCUUUUGAGCUUUAUUGAUGAAAAGAAUAGUAUCCACAUCAUUAGUUCUCUAUUGAUCGCAAAAUUUGGUGUCUCUACUGCAAUUAGCUUAUGCUAUGUGCUUACGACAUUUUAUUUCCCGAUAUUACAUUCCUCCAAAGUUUUUAGCUACCUCUGUGCAAAAGGUAAGUUCUUUGCCAUGCUAGCUCCAUUAGUUGCUGAGAUUUAAGGUCAUGUACCUUUAAUAUCAAUGGCAAUAGCCUGUUUACUAAGUAGUAUGUCAGCAUUUUUAUUAGAAAAACAUCAUGAAGAUGAAGAUGAUGAUUAUGAUCACGAAAAGUGA